UGCCCGGCCCGGCGGCGGUGACUGCGGACGACUCCAGCUCCCUCUCCGCCACGGGAAGUAAAUUCCUGUCAGAGCCAGGCAGAGUUGUCGGCUCCGCGGUGAGCCCACCUGGCUGCUACUGUAUUUAAAAGCAGAAAAAGAAAAGUAAAAAAGGUUUGCUGGAUGAUCAGACUAAAAGGAAAACGAUAACGGAGUCUGAAAAGCUCACCAGUAAGAACCGUUCUGAGUAUCCUCUUUUGUUUUAUGCGGGUGAAGCCUCUGGGAGAGCCCGCAGGGACUCCCCUGGCCGUCAGCCAUGGCCGUACCUAUCGCGGUUCUUGACUGCGACCUCCUGCUCUAUGGCCGCGGACACAGGACUUUGGAUCGCUUCAAGCUGGAGGAUGUCACGGAUGAGUAUCUAGUAUCCACGUACGGCUUUCCCCGACAGUUCAUUUGCUACCUAGUGGAUCUCCUGGGAGCCACUCUCUCACGUCCUACACAGCGGUCCAGAGCCAUCAGUCCAGAGACGCAAAUACUUGCUGCCUUGGGUUUCUAUACCUCUGGCUCCUUCCAGACUCGCAUGGGGGAUGCUAUCGGCAUUAGCCAAGCCUCGAUGAGCCGCUGUGUUGCCAACGUAACCGAGGCACUGGUGGAAAGAGCCUCACAGUUCAUUCACUUUCCUAAAGAUGAAGCUACUGUUCAGACCCUGAAGGAGGACUUUUAUGGGCUGGCAGGAAUGCCGGGAGUGCUGGGGGUGGUGGACUGCACCCACGUGGCAAUCAAAGCACCAAACGCCGAGGACCUGUCCUAUGUGAACCGAAAGGGUCUCCAUUCCCUGAACUGCCUCAUGGUGUGUGAUUCCAGAGGAGUCCUCCUUAGUGCUGAAACGCACUGGCCAGGGAGCCUUCCGGACUGCGCGGUGUUGGAGCAGGCAGCCCUCACAAGCCAGUUUGAAACUGAGCUACAUAAAGAUGGCUGGCUACUUGGUGACAGCUCCUUCUUGCUCCGGACGUGGUUGAUGACCCCUCUGCACAUCCCCGAGACGCCUGCAGAGUACCGCUACAACAUGGCCCAUUCCGCCACUCACAACGUCAUUGAGCGCACCUUCAGAACCAUCCGGUCGCGGUUUCGCUGCCUCGAUGGCUCCAAAGGCACCCUGCAGUAUUCUCCAGAGAAGUCCAGCCACAUCAUUCUGGCCUGCUGUGUGCUUCAUAACAUCUCCCUGCAACAUGGACUGGAUGUGUGGUCUGCACCAGCCACAGGGC